AGUCAUAAAAAAUACAUCCCCAUUGCAGAAUGGUAAUGCUACCUUGACUUUCCCAUUUCUUUUGAAACAACAACAAGAAGAAGAAAUAUCAGUAACAGUGUCCAUUUGUCCAUACAACACCUUUUUUCAGUGCCUUGUUAAAAGGAAGCUCCUUUCUUUUUGGGGUUUCUGUUUUGUACUCACCGUACAUGCCCCCACUACCCUAUUUCAGAUCUAGCUCAGUUUUUUAAUGCCCUUUCUUUGAUUAUUUUCACAUAUCUGCUGUUCUACACUCUUUUUUGUGUUGGUUCUUUAGUACCCUUUGUUGGUUACUGCAUAUUUUCUUUGUUCUUGGUCUCAUCUCUAUCUUUCAAGGAGUGUUUCUUGUAAAAGUUACUGCUUGAUAUUUGAUGAAUUGAAUUGAUCUUGGUUAUAGUAUUUUUUGUUUGGUGUGCGUUCUUGGUUCCAUUUGUGUUUCUUGAUUGUUAUAAAUCUUGCUCAUUAAAGCUUAUGCCUUUUUCACCAUAUGCAUAAGGGUUAGGCUUCAUAUUUUCAUUCUAGUCAUCUCAGUUUAGGAAUUGAAUUCUGUUGACUAGUUGGUGUUAGUUCAAUUCUUUUGAAAUGGGGGAUUAUGGUUCUGUGAUUCCAGAAUAUGAAAGAGAAGAGGAUUUAAUUGCUGCAGCUAGACAUAUUGCAAGGGCAUUAGGCUCCAAAACGAACCUCACCGAUGAUGCCAAGAAAAUUCUGGCUGAUCUCGGCUCUCAAUUGUCUAACAUAACCAUAGCCAAUGAAGCCAAGGUGAAUGGAAUAAGUGAGGAUGAAGAACGGCUGAAUUUCGUGCAGGAGAAGAUUAUGAGCUGGGAGACGGAUCAGUCUAUGAUAUGGGAUUCGGGUCCUUACGAAGCUAAAGACUAUUUGUAUGCUACUGAUGAAGCUAGAAAGUUGAUUGAAAAGCUGGAGAGUUCAUCUUUGAAUAAAGAUGGGGAAGAAAACGAGCUGCUGCGAAAGGCGCAUGAUAUCCUGCAAAUCGCGAUGGCGAGGCUUGAGGAAGAGUUCAAACACAUACUUGUUCAGAACAGGCAGCCUUUUGAGCUGGAGCAUGUGUCUUUUCGCUCGAGUGAAGAGGAUUCUGCUGAUCUAAGCUCUGUGAUCUCACUUGGAGAUGAGUCGGUUGAGGAAUCGAUACAUAGAGAUAGCCUUAGUAGAACUUCUGAAGAUUACAUCAUUGAUUUGGUUCAUCCUGAAGUAAUUUCUGAACUCAAAACUAUUGCGAAUUUAAUGUUUACUUCGAAUUAUAGUCAUGAAUGUUCUCAAGCUUAUAUUAGUGUUAGAAGAGAUGCUUUGGAUGAGUGUUUGUUUAUACUUGAAAUGGAGAAACUCAGCAUUGAGAAUGUGCUGAAACUGGAGUGGGGGAGCUUGAAUUCGAAGAUCAAGAGAUGGGUUCGCGCGAUGAAGAUUUUUGUUCGCGUUUAUCUUGCGAGUGAGAGAUGGCUUACGGAACAGAUUUUCGGAGAGCUUGGAGGAACAGUUAAUCUUGUUUGCUUUGCUGAAGCUUCAAAGGCUUCAAUGAUGCAGUUGUUGAAUUUCGGCGAAGCCAUAUCGAUAGGCCCCCAUAAACCUGAGAAGUUGUUUCCGAUUUUGGAUAUGUACGAGGUUCUUAAGGAUCUUCUUCCGGACAUAGAUUCCUUAUACUCAGACGAGGCUGGUUUCUGUGUUCGGAAUGAUUGUCGUGAGGUUCUAAGGCGAUUGGGCGACUCUGUGAAGGCAGCAUUUCUUGAAUUCGAGAAUGCCAUCGCAACAAGUGUGUCUCCGAAUCCAUUUGCAGGAGGCGGUAUUCACCAUCUCACUAGAUAUGUCAUGAAUUAUCUCAACUCAUUAACCGAUUAUCGCGAGAGCCUCCGUGAUCUCCUCAAGGACCGAGAUGGAGAGGAUGAUAUAUCAUUAUCCCCCGACAAUAGUCCACCUCCCGAAGAAGAUCACGCUAAUGGAAGUACAUGUAAUCCGUCCCCAUUGUGUCUGCACUUCCGAUCAGCUGCUUCGAUUCUCGAAAGCAACCUCGAAGAUAAGGCCAAGUUAUAUCGAGACCCUUCGUUGCAGCAAGUCUUCUUGAUGAACAACAUACAUUACAUAGCUCAAAAGGUCAAGAAAUCGGAACUUCGGCAUAUAUACGGGGACGACUGGAUCCGAAAACGCAACUGGAAGUUCCAACAACACGCGCUGAACUACGAGAGAUCUACUUGGAGUUCUGUUCUCUCCUUGUUAAGGGAUGAAGGAAGUAGCAACUCGGAUUCUGUAUCGAAAACUCACCUGAAGGAGCGGUUUCGGAACUUUAAUCUUGCAUUUGAGGAGGUGUACAGGACUCAAACAUCAUGGAUAAUUCCUGAUGCACAGCUUAGAGAAGAUUUGCAAAUUUCAACAUCUAUGAAGGUGAUUCAGGCUUAUAGGAAUUUUGCGGGAAAGCAGAAGAAUCACAUAAGUGACAAGCAUAUCAAGUACAGUGCUGAUGAUCUAGAGAAUUUCUUACUGGAUCUCUUCCAAGGAUCUCAAAGAUCAUUGCAUAAUCCCCACAGGAGAUGAUAUUACUAAUAAGAUAAUAAAUAGAUUGUUAUUUUAAAAGAGGUUAGGCUUUUAUUUAAGUUCUAUGUCCUCUAAUAUUCAUGUAACUAUUAUUUUGAUUAAUAAACUAGUGUUGAAUUGGAUGAA